GUUUAUCCUCCUUUGCCUCAGCACGGAACCUAUAUAAACAUAUCAUUGUUCUAUUUUAUGUCGCCCACUCCAACAACGCAUUUCCCUUCGCGUGUUUCGCACGCCCCACUCACCGACUUCUCCUCCUGGGUCCCAUGCGUUCCGUGACCUUCACCUCACUUCCUGCUCGUGUGGAAUUACCUCGGUUUGAACUCUUCUUCAGCUCUCUCUAUAUCGACCAUUCACCACCGCCGCCUGCGACUACUGCUACUCCGAUCACCAACUUCUCGAUCUUUUCCGAUCGGCUGAUUCGCCUUGUGAAUUCUCGUUUUUGUCCCUCCCUCCGAUCUGCCGCUGUUUGCAAGGGCCGAAAUGGAACCUAUGGACAUCGUUGGUAGAACGAAAGAGGAUGCUUCGCUUCCUAAAGCAACUAUGACAAAAAUUAUAAAAGAAAUGCUGCCUCCAGACGUUCGUGUAGCCCGGGACUGUCAGGACCUUUUGAUUGAAUGUUGUGUAGAGUUUAUCAAUCUGAUUUCCUCAGAAUCUAAUGAAGUUUGUAAUAGAGAAGACAAGCGGACAAUUGCACCGGAACAUGUCCUCAAGGCGCUAGAUGUUCUUGGAUUUGGUGACUAUAUUGAAGAAGUUUAUGCUGCAUACGAACAACACAGGCUUGAAACCAUGCAGGACAGUGUGAGGGCCGGGAAGUUGAGCAAUGGAGCUGAAAUGACGGAAGAAGAAGCCUUGGCUGCGCAGCAGAGGAUGUUUGCAGAGGCGAGGGCAAGGAUGAACAACGGCAUUACAGUCCCCAAACAACCGAAUACCGAGCCAGAACAACAAAACACAAACAGCUAACUUUAGGACUCGACACCCCAUCCAGGAGCUCUAGUCAAAGCCCAUUGACUUGUUUUUUUUUUUUUUUUUUUUUUUUUUUUUUUUUUUUUUUUUUUAACAGAGUAUGUAUAAAAGCUUGUAGCUAAGUAUGCUUGGGUUAUGUGUUCAGUCUGUGUACUCUUAUCAAUUAUGUCCAUAUGUUACCUGUAAAUUGCUGAUUUCACUUCAAAAUUUGCAGCUUCAAGGCUGUUGUUAUGGGUUGA